AUUCUCUCUAAGUGUUUACCUGUAUUGCACCAACACGCCAAAAAACUCCAUUACGUACACUGGUCAAAAAAGUUUUCUUGCUGGAUGUCGAAUAAGCUUAUCUACGGGGCGAUCCAUGUCGCCAAUUAUUCCGCAUUGCAAACUCAUGACCCAUCGCUUCAAGAUUUCCGCCUCUGCUUGGGGCAAACAAAGCUUCAUCAGUCACACGGAUCUAUUCAAACAUACAAGAUGGCUCCAUUACUGUUAUGAUAAAUGUCAUCGUGGAGAUAAAAUCGGAAACCUUUCGCGUGUGCACCAUGCAGCCGGAUCCUAACGUCUAUCGUCACCAAUUCUGCCAGCGUCAAGCCGGUAUUCUUGCAAAAGUCGAUCAACACACCACCGAUUUUGUUAUCCGCUCCAGUGACGGUCAAGAGUUCCCGGUUCAUCGCUGGCUGCUGAUGGCACAUUCGCCGGUCUUUGUCGCCAUGCUAUCGCGUAACACCAAAGAAAACCAGUGUGCGCUGUGUGAACUUGAUGAUAUUGAUGGGGAAAGUGCUGCCAUUCUGCGGGACUAUAUCUGCGGGUGCGAAACGGGAAAGGUCAAUCCUGAAAAUGCCAAAGUGAUUGUGAUUAUGGCGGAUAAAUAUGCGAUUGCGGAUCUGCGCUUGUUCUGCGAAUUGAUGCUGGCCAGGAACGUUACGCCGGAGAAUGCGACCAGAUACCUCGCCGAGCAGCGGGAACUGACAACACUGAAGGAGGAAGGUGCUUUGUCAGCACAGAUUGCACAUCAGGGAAUAACAAGGAGGAUGAGGGAUCGGAAACUAGCAAGGACUGUAACGGGAUAGUUUACGUGUUCUGGGUUUUGGCAUUAGCGCUUUAUCUGUAUAUAGAGUUUUUAAUAGUUUAUAUUUUAUGCUUUUGCGACUAACCGUUCUGAGCUCUCCGGCAGGAGAAGGCUAAGUGGGUGCUUAUUAUUUACCUACUUACCAUUCGUCUUUAGAUGGCAGAAAAAGAAACUUA